ACCCGCCGAAAACCAUUAAGCCGAGUCUUCGUUAUGUUUCAUCUACGGCGACGAAGGAAAUCGUGAAUGUUAUGUGCAGUUUAUUAAUGGAUCUGUGAGAGAUUGCUCGAGCGUUCCCGCAGAGAAAUCUGCGAAAGUGUCUGUCUUGUUAUAAUCGUGUUUAAGUAUUUUUACAAAAGAGUAACACAUUUUACAACAUAACCUCGGCUAUUUAGCAAAGAUGUCCCAUCACAAUCAUAUGACGCAUAUGAUGAAUGCAUCGAAUGAGCACGCAGCUCACGCACCUCAUCAAACUGUGGACCACUCGAGUAUGCACGAAAAUAUGCACAGUUCUGUGGACCAUGCUGACAUGGAUCAUGGAAGUCACCUUACUGCUACCUCAGAUUGUAGCAGCAUGGGGAUGCACGGUAUGUCGAUGGUCUUCCAUGGAGGGUAUUGUGAAAAUGUAUUAUUUGAAUCGUGGAAAAUCUCGUCAAUCAGUGGCCUCAUAGGAUCGAUGAUCGGUAUCAUGAUCAUGGCCGCGCUUUACGAAGGAUUGAAGUAUUACCGAGAAUAUUUAUUUUGGAAAAUGUAUAAUUCCCUUCAAUACAGGAGUGUCACGAUGCCGCAAGAGAAAAACGUUGUAGCGGAGGAUAACAGGGUUGUACAUAUGGUUGGAGAAGUAAUUCAUAAGCAGCCGCCCACAAUGUUAUCCUGGAUGCAUACGUUUCAAACGUUUUUACAUAUUGUGCAAAUUGUACUGUCAUAUUUCCUUAUGCUGAUCUUCAUGACUUAUAAUGUCUGGUUGUGUUUUGCUGUAGUAUUUGGUGCAGCAAUUGGCUACUUUUUAUUUGGGUGGAAAAAAUCUGUUAUUGUGGAUGUCACAGAACAUUGUCAUUAGUUUAUGUAUUUAAAAUACAUUGUGUUUUUACAACAAAAAUGUACAUUAAUGUACAUUGCCGAAAAGUUCAUUCUAAUUGAAAGAACUUUGGAACAAUUACAUGUAAUAUACGUGUGCGGGAAAUAUAAUUAUUCUAAAUUCGUAUUUACAGAAAUAUAUAAAAAAAAUUUUUCAAUUUAAAGUUAUUCCUUUGCAUACAGAAUGCAAUUUAUAAUUGUCCAUUAAGAAAGAUAGCAUGGCUUAAUUAUUAUUGAAUAAAAAAUAUCUAUAAAAUGCAGAUUUGUAUACAAAAAUACUGGAAGGUUAAAUCUUUGAUCUGAAUAACUAUAGCGCACUUAAUUUGUAAAUAUUGUUAAAAAAUUUAAAUGAGAAAAAUAUCGUAAGAUGCGUGUGCACUUUUUUCCAAAUUUUCAUAUUAUCACUUUUAAUUUUUUAUUGUAAUGUAUUUUAUAAAUAUUUUCCCUUUGAAAUUUGAAAAAAAGUGUACAGUGAUGUCUUGAACAUACAUGAUGUAUUGUUAUAAUAUAACGUUAUCAACAAUUGUAUUAUUACCAAGUAAUCUAUAGACUACUGUUAAUUGUAAAAUAUAAGAAAAUAUCACAUAAAAUACAAAAAAAAAGACACUGCCAAUAUAUUUUAUUAUUUUUAAAGAAGCACAGAGUUCCUCUACUUUUUUUGUAUUUGUUUCCGUUGUAAGAUCAAUUUUUAAAAUUAUAAAUUUAGAUAAAAUUAUAAAGUAUAGAUGUUAAAUAACUUCUGAGACUUUAAUUCUUGACUGCCAUUUGGUAAAUAAAUUAUACAGAUAUUUUUAUAAAAUUAUUAAUAAUAACUCGUACAAUAUCGAUAACUGAAAAUAUGUUGAAAUAGUCGAAUUGUUCAUGUAUAUUAAGCGUGAGACGGUUCCACCUUGAUAUGAUUAAAUUUCAUAUGUAGUUUGCACUUGAAUUAACAAAUUGUUGAAUAAGAAGCCAGAAAUUUAUAUAUUCCAUACAUAGCUAUACAAAAAGCACCAGCAUGCAUGUCACAUUUAUAAUUAAUGCAAGCCUCGUUAUUGAAAAUAAUCCUUAAAUUAUAUAAUGUUAUAUAUUGUUUAUUUUCUGUAUGUAAAGCAUUACUAAAGUGUUAGGUAGCUUUGAAGUAAGUUACAGUGCUUUAGAAAUGCGUUCAUACGUUUUGUACGUACAAGGUUGUACAAAAAGCUUUAUUUGAUGUGUUUAUAAUAUUAUUUACUUUGUAGGAAAAUCUUUAAACACCGACAGCAGGGCAUUCCAAGAGCAGCAGAGUAUUUUUUUUUUUAUUUUUUUAUUUUUUUUUAUAGUGUAGAUAUUUCAAAAUCAUAUAUAUGUAUACAUAUGUAUAUAUGUAUAUAUAAAGAUGAUUCAGAAGA